AUGAACUCCUUGGUGUUCCCCGUGCAGGAUACAUCAGCGCCGUCGCGCACCGACGAUGGCUUUAUCAGUGUGUCGAGCGUGCGGCCGACCCCAAGCCGACCGCCCCUCAGCGGUGGCAACGGCCCACCAACCCCCGACACCAACAGGGGCACAUCAACGCAGAUGUACUUAUUCACCUUCCUCGCGACGGUUUGUCUUCUGAGCAUCGUCGCGAUUGGCCUCCUCUGGCGGGCGAUCCAUGUCCGUCGACGCUUCCAUCGCCAGGUGGUAGAGGCAAUGGCGCGCGGCGAACCGCCGCCAAACUUUCGCAGCCCGUUCAUCUCCCGUUACCCGCCAGGGCCGAAGAAGGUUGCCGAGCUCGGGCCCAUGCCGCUUAUGUGGGAGAACGAGAUCCGCCGCACAGAUUGGGACGUCGAGAAGGGCGGGAAAGGGGAAGACGGUUGGGUUGAAGAUACAUGGCAGGACGUUGUCCCCAUGGCGAUCGUGUCCGUGCCAGACCCCGAACCAGAACCCCAUUCGGCAACAAGGACGCCACCACCUGUGGAGAUUCCCCAGUUAUCGACCGUGACUGCAGAGCUCCGUGAUACAUUCCGUGACAUGAUUCCACGGCGCUCGCGCGACCCGCCGCGUGUGCGUGAUCCAUCGACGGAGACACCCGUCACGAUGCAGAAGCCCAUCGUUGGCGAGGUACCAGAUCCAGGAACGGCUCUGCGCGUUGGCGUAGUCAUCGCCAUGCCGUGCGAGGCCGGGGCGCGGUGGACGCCUGUGGAUCCAGAAGAGGCUGAUGUUCCAGAGGUCAUGCUUGGGGUUAUGGAGUGUGUUGUGAGUGACAAGAGUCCGAAUCCGGCAUAA